AAAACCACUCAUAGAUUUUACUAGAAUACUAUUAUUUUGCGGCUUCUUCGUUUAUCGAAGGAAGGAAGUUGCGGUUAAAGUCUAGUCUAGUUUCUGGAAGAUUUGACUCUCUGAAAGUAUAAAAUUCCAAGGUGUUCACCGGGACAGUAUAGAAGCACAUAAAGGCUUGUGUGAAGUACAAAAGAUAUUGCCGUAGGAAAAAUGUCGGAAACAGCAACGGGAGAAAUUGAUUUAUCCGGGGAUGGAGGAGUCUUGAAGAAAAUCACCCAUGAGGGAUUGGGAACGGAGACUCCGCUCGAUGGAUGCACUGUUUCCCUUCAUUACACGGGCAAAUUAACAAAUGGUGAAGUUUUUGAUUCCAGUUUAAAACGGAACGAGCCGUUUGAAUUCCAGUUGGGAAAAGGUAGCGUAAUCAAGGCCUUCGACUUAGGUGUUUCGACGAUGAAGAUGGGUGAAAAAUGCGUCUUGACAUGUGCGCCCCAGUACGCCUACGGGGAAGCAGGAAGUCCUCCAAGCAUUCCGCCAAACUCAACCUUAAUUUUCGAGCUCGAAAUGCUCGGAUGGAAGGGCGAGGAUGUGAGUCCGGAGAGUGACGGAAGCAUCGAAAAGUUCGUUCUGAAUAAAAGUGAUAAGAAAAUUUCACCAAAUGAUGGAGCACAUGUGAAGAUUCAUUUAAUUGGAAAACACGAAGGCAAAGUGUUCGAGGAACGUGAUGUGGAGUUCGACACCGGCGAGGGUGAGGAUGUUGGAGUAGUGGAAGGUGUCGAAAUUGCAGUGAUGAAGAUGAAUUGCGGGGAAACAUGCAAGUUAUUCAUAAAACCCAAGUAUGCCUUCGGUUCAGCGGGAAAUGCAAAAUUCAACAUUCCACCGAACGCUAUAGUCGAAUAUAUUGUUACGUUGAAUGAAUGUGAAAGGGCAGCAGCAGAAUGGAAAUUAGAUAGAGAGGAAAGUAUUGCGCAAGCCAAAAUCUUCAAAGAAAAGGGCAAUACUUAUCUGAAAAAGGAAAACUACAAACUAGCCAUUAAGAUGUAUGAUAGAAGUAAUAACUUCUUAUCGUCAUAUUCAGAUGAGGAAGAGGGCAAACAAAUGAGGGUAGCCAUUCAUUUAAACAAAGCAUUAUCUUAUCAAAAGCUAGGAGACCACUUCGAAGCAAAGUCUGCUUGCAACACUGUACUAGAAAUAGAUCCAAAUAACAUAAAAGGUCUUUACCGCAGAGGACAAAGUUAUGCUGCUAUGAGUGAUUUUGAGACGGCUUUAGAAGAUUUCCAACGAGUGCACGAGCUUGAGCCCGAGAAUAAAGCUGCCAUCAACCAAAUCACAAUCUGCAAGCAAAAAAUAAAGGAGUUCCAUGAGAAAGAGAAAAAAGUCUACGCCAAUAUGUUCUCAAAAUUUGCAGCUGUUGAUAAGCAGAAAGAAAACAUUCGUGGAGACGAAACUGAUGUACUAACAUCGUGUGGGGAGUGGAGCGAGGAAGAAGCUCGAAAGGAAGUCGAUCGUGCAUUCGAGCAGGACAACAAUAUCUUCAUGAUAAAUCAAGAAAAAUGAAAUGGUAACAGAACAACUGCCAACUGUAAAAUCGCGGAAAAUAUAAGCUUUCAAUUGCCAACGAUGAUGGAUUGUUAUGCAUCCGAAUCUCGUCCUACUAACGUCCUAUAUACUGUCCAGAUACAUAUAUCUCACAACAGAACUUCCAUUUUGCUCUUUUAAUUGUUUUUUAAUAGAAAUGGUUAAAUAGUUUUAAAGUCUCCCACACACAUAUAUUAUACGAACUGUUUUCUCUGCGUUUUUGAAAUAAGAAAUACAGAAGUCAUCUCCACGAU